GUUGUCAAUUUCUUGACGUAGACGUAGUUGCUUACGAGUUUUUCAAUUUUGUAAUUUUGUUGACAUGUUUCUUUAGUUUUACUUAAUUUAAUUGAUAACAGAAUCUUAAUUAAUGGUCACGGAAGAUAGUCCAGCAUCAUGGCUUUGAAAAAAGUCAAAGGAAACUUUGAAAGGAUGUUCGAUAAAAAUCUGACGGAUUUAGUCCGAGGAAUCAGAAAUAACAAAGAUAAUGAGUCAAAGUAUAUAGCACAAUGCAUGGAAGAAAUAAAAGUAGAACUGCGUCAGGACAACAUAGCAGUCAAAGCUAACGCCGUUGCCAAGUUGACAUAUCUCCAAAUGUUGGGAUAUGACAUAUCCUGGGCGAUAUUCAACAUAAUAGAGGUGAUGAGCUCCAAUAAGUUUACUUACAAGCGCAUUGGAUACUUAGCGGCCAGUCAGUCAUUUCAUGCAGAUUCUGAACUAUUAAUGCUCACUACUAAUAUGAUUAGGAAGGAUCUCAAUGCACAGAACCAGUAUGAGGCGGGGCUGGCUCUCUCUGGCCUCAGCUGUUUCAUAUCGCAUGACCUAGCCAGAGACUUGGCUAAUGAUAUCAUGACUUUGAUGAGUUCAACUAAACCAUAUUUAAGAAUGAAAGCAGUUCUAAUGAUGUACAAGGUAUUUCUAAGAUAUCCAGAGGCACUAAGACCUGCAUUCCCAAAAUUAAAAGAGAAACUAGAAGAUCCUGAUCCAGGAGUACAAUCAGCUGCUGUAAAUGUGGUGUGUGAGUUAGCCAGGAAGAAUCCUAAGAACUACCUCUCAUUAGCUCCAGUAUUUUUCAAGCUGAUGACAACAUCCACCAACAAUUGGAUGUUGAUUAAAAUUAUCAAAUUGUUUGGUGCCUUAACCCCAUUAGAGCCUCGACUUGGCAAGAAACUGAUAGAACCGUUAACUAACUUAAUACAUAGUACGUCUGCGAUGUCGUUACUGUACGAGUGCAUCAACACGGUGAUUGCCGUGCUGAUCAGUAUCAGCAGCGGGAUGCCGGGCCACGCCGCCUCCGUGCAACUCUGUGUCCAGAAACUUAGAAUACUCAUUGAGGACAGUGACCAAAACUUGAAAUACCUCGGUCUGUUGGCAAUGUCAAGAAUUCUCAAAUCCCACCCGAAAUCAGUGCAAGCCCACAAAGAUCUUGUCCUGGCUUGCCUCGACGACAAAGAUGAGUCAAUCAGGCUGAGGGCAUUGGGCUUGUUAUACGGAAUGGUAUCUAAAAAGAACUUGAUGGAGAUUGUAAAGAAGUUGAUGGUGCACAUGGACCGCGCCGAAGGCACGCUCUACCGCGACGAGCUGCUGACCCGCAUAAUUGAGAUAUGCUCUCAGAACAACUACCAGCAUGUCGUUGACUUCGAGUGGUACGUCACCGUGUUGGCUGAGCUCACCGAGAUGGAGACCAGCGCUAAACACGGUCGCAUCGUGGCGGCGCAGCUGACGGAGGUGGGCGCGCGCGUGGCGGAGGUGCGCGAGUUCGCGGCGCGGGAGUGCGCGGCGCUGGUGGCGCGCGCCGCCGCGGCCCCGCCCGGGCCCGCCUCCAAGGAGGUGCUGUACGCCGCCGCCUUCGUGCUCGCCGAGUACUGCCGCGAGGAGUCGGUGAUGCGUUCGUCGGUGUGUGCGUUGCUGCAGUGCGGCGGCAUCUCGGGCGGCAGCGUGCGCGCGCGAGCUGUGUGCGUGCACGCCGCGCUCAAGCUGGCCGCCAACCUGCUGCAGCUGUACGAGGCCAGGAACGACAAGGACGCCGCCAUCGAUGUGAUCCGCGAGGCCCUGUCGGGCCUGCGUCCGCUGCUGUGCAGUGAGGACAUGGAGGUGCAGGAGCGCGCGCACAACGCGGCGGCGCUGCUGGCGCUCGUGCUGCAGCGGCUCAGCCCCGCCGACGCCGCGCUCACGGAGCACGCUGAACACACGCCCAGGGACGAUGCCAUACUAGUCGAGCACGACCAGAGCAACAAUGCAGAGACGGUUGAAAAUAUUGAAGAUCUGAAUGGAGAAAGUUCUGCGCAAGGAUUUAGCGGCGGCUUGAUCGAGGAACUCGCGGAACUCUUCGAAGGAGAACUAAAACCUGUCGCACCCAAGGCACAGAAGAAAGUGCCGAUGCCUGCAGACUUGAACCUAGAUCAGUGGCUGUGCCAGUCGCGCUGGUCGUCGGACAGCUCUAGCUCGGAGGGUGAGCCCGAGGCCGCGGUGUUCGCGCCGCCGCCGCGAGACCCCCGACCUACCGCGCAGUUCACGCCGGAAGAACUAGCCAUGUUGAGAGAAGCUCGAAGGCAGGAGCAAGCGAACAACCCGCACUACUUGAAGGACGACUCGCCGCGGUCGUAUCAGCAGGACGACGUGCCCAUCGCAGAGAUAGCACUCGAAGUGCCACUGCAAGUUCAUACUAAGAGAUCUGAUAAAUACUUAAUAUCACGAGAAAGUUCCAACAAGAAGAAAAAAGAGAAGAGGACUUCGAAGAAACGAAAAAGCAAAAAAGAUAACAAACCUUCUAGUGACUCAGACAGUGAGGAGGAGGCCCACAUCAGCCGGCCGGCCGUGGCGGAGGGCGGCGAGCUGCCGGAGGGCGCCGCGCUGUCGGACGACGAGCCGCCGCCGCCACGGGACGACCCGCACCGCGCGCUGGACCUCGACCUCGACCAACCACUGCGUGAAGAAGAGCUGCUUACAUCGAGGAUACACCAGUACCCUUCGCCCGAAAGUGGCCUGCUGGAGAAAAAGACAAAAAUAUCUAAGUCGAAGACCAAAUCCACCGACAAAGAUGCUGCCGACAAACCGUCCAAGAAGAGGAAGGAAAAGAAAUCUAAGCAAAAGACAGUAGACUUAAUGUUACCAGAAGUAACCCAGAUUGAUGUUGAAGAGGGUUUACUGAUCGAUGACGUAAGCAAGACGAAUGGCAAAAACACUUCGAAAGGCAGCGACGGCGCGGAUGAUGAAAUGACACUUGUUGAACCCCAUGCAAAAGGGAAGAAGACUGAAAAACAUAAGAAAUCUAAAAAAGAAUCUAAAGAUAAAGAGUCCAAGAGGAAUAAAUCGUCCAAAAAAGGCAAACACGAAAAGAAAACUGGAUAUGAAGAGGCAUUAGGUAUAUCCACGCCUAGCAAAGAAGUCAUAUAGUGUACAUAAUAAGGAAAUUGCUUAUUUUUCUUAAGUCACGCUACUCACGCUGUCUCAGUGCAAUUGUUAAUUUGAACAAUUUCAGAAUAUUUUUUAAUGAUGAUUAGUUCUACAUCCAAUAUAUUAGUUAUUAACUCUAUUCAUAUUUCAAAGUGAACUAUGUCCAUUUAUAUGAAUAUAUAAUAUUUCAAUAAGUCUAUAUAGUAACAAAUAAAAAGUUAAAUAUAUUAAUCA